UCAAAUUGCAUUUUGUUUUUUGUAUCACUGAAGUUCCCUGUCUGCUCUACUCAGGGGUGUGAAGUUAUCACAAACUAGUGUUGAAGCGGAAAUAUUUUAUCUUCGUUUCUUCCUAAUUUGGAAAUUUUGUUUUCCUUAGAAAGAUGUCUGAUGGUGAUAAAGUGUCAGAUAUACAUGAUGAGGAGGAUGUUAAUUAUAAACCUCCACCUGAGAAGUCAUUAAAAGAAAUUGUAGAAGCAGACCAAAAUGAUGCCAGUUUACAGAAAUAUAAAGAAGCCUUGCUGGGACAAGCGCUUAAAGAACCUGUAAUUGUUGAACCUGAUAAUCCCAAUCGAGUUCUGGUGAAAAGACUGGCUUUAGUUGUGGAAGGUCGUCCAGAUGUUGUUUUAGAUCUGACUGGUGAUCUUGAUGCAUUAAAGAAGAGAGUUUUUGUGGUGAAAGAAGGUAUACAGUACCGCAUUCGAAUAGACUUCUAUGUUCAGAGGGAAAUAGUGACUGGUCUAAAAUACAUUCAGAAAGUUUUGCGGCAUGGCAUACAAAAUGAGAAACUUACUCACAUGGUUGGAAGCUAUGCACCAAAAUUAGAGAUGCAGUCAUACUUUACACCAUUGGAUGAAAUGCCAAGUGGGUUAUUAACUAGAGGAACUUAUACUGUGAAAUCUUUAUUUACAGAUGACGACAAGAAUGAACAUCUGAAAUGGGAAUGGUCUUUUGAGCUUAAAAAGGACUGGGAAUGAACUAUAAAUGUUUACUCUUUUUUUUUUUUUUUCCCCUUGUACAGACCUAACAACCUUGAAUUUCUUCUUAGAAAUCCGUGUAUAUUCAAUAUUACAGGAAAAAAUUGUAAACUUUUCUUAUUGGAUAUUUGAUAAAUCAAACAAAUGUACAGUUAAAAUAAGUUUAAAAAUGAAUCAAAAGCACUUCUGAUCAUCUAUGCAUCUGCUUAAAAUCAAAUUAUUGGUAUUUUCAUAUUUUACAAGAUCUGUUCCUUGUUCGCCUUCAGUUUUUAUUAGUAUUGGAAGUGAUGUAGAUUUAUUUGUUUCUUUUUACAUUUGAAAGAUUUAUCCAGUUUUCUAAGGGUAAUUGUAAUGCCCUGUUAAGUCUCAUGCAUAUCAUCCAUUUGCUGAAGCAGGAUUAUUUGGCAAUCAAGAUUAGUUUUUAUGUGCCUUAGAUAGUAUAUAUAAUGCUUAGACAUUAUGUGGAAAAAGUUUCUAUUUGCUUAAUGCUGUGUUGAAAAAGAUAUUGAAAGUUACACAGUUGCUCAUGGAAAGAUUUUUUGUAAAUUAUGUUUGAGACUUUUCUCAAACAUGUAAAACACUAAAUAUUUUUGUACAUUUUGCAAUUACGCCUUGCCUUGCAUUGCAAAAUUUAUAUAAAUAAAACUUUAAAAUAUUUAAUUCUGCACUCUGUUUUCAGUUUUUACUUUACUGUUAUAUUUCAAAAGAUUUCAAUUUAGCAUCAUAAUUAUAUGUGCAAUGUUUUCCUAAUUGCAUUGAGUGCAAUUUGUAGAAAACGUUUAUACCCAGUGUUGCACUGGAGAAAUUCAGCAAUGUUACUCAUCAAUGUAAACUUAUUUUUAUUGACUGCGACAUUUUGUACUAUUUGCUAGUAAUAAAUGAGUGAAUAUUUUG